AUGGCUGCCUCCAUCAGUCCUGAGCGCAUGCUGGAAUAUUCUGGCGACACACUUCGGGAUGUAUCCAUCGCGUUUAUCGUGCUGGUCACGCUGGCGGUCACACUACGCUUCGUAGCCUUGAGGUUAAGCGAGAAACCCCUGAGCAUUGAUGAUAUUCUCACGAUUCCCGGAUACUUAUGUUCUGUGGGUCUUUGUAUCCUUUCCCUAGUGAGCAUAGAUAUCGGUCGAGUCGGCUAUCAUCUUGAUGUUGUAGAAGUGAUAGACCCUCAAGCCCUGGUUCCCUGGGCCAAGUGUCUCUAUGCCACUCCGAUCAUCUACUCAGCCGGGUGUUGCUUUCCGCGUGUUGUCCUCCUCACGCUCUACCUCCGCAUCUGUGAGAAAAAUCGUCGCUAUCGUUUGGCCUGCUACAGCUUGAUGGCCUUUAUCGUGGUCUUUGCCAUCGCUGAUAUCAUGGCUGGGGCCUUUGAAUGCUGGCCGGUGGCGUAUCUCUGGGAUAAGACUAUCGUCGGUGGUAAAUGUGACAACAUUCCCAUGUUCUAUCGCUGGGGCACUUUACCGAACGUCAUCAUCGACGUCGCGAUGCUUAUCCUGCCGCAGCCUGUGGUCUGGAAGCUGCAGGUUCCAGCACAAGUCAAAUACGGUCUCGCAGUGACUUUCCUGACUGGUAGCAUUGGCAUGGUAACGUCCAUUUGUCGAUGCGUCGCAUUCUUCACCAACAAUCCCUUAACCGACGGCACCUGGCUUUCCGUCACCUUUCUCGUUUGGAGCGUGGCCGAAGUGGGCGUAUAUCUCAUUGCUGCGUGUUUACCGUGUUAUCGGCCUCUAUUGCGUCUCGCCAUCAACCGUGGGCGAAUGACAUCGAUUCGAUCCCGAUACGUCCACCAGAAAUCAAGGCGAAGUUCCGCCGGUCGUAUCACUGCAACUCCUGAGCCCGACGUCGAGAUGAGUCCCUAUCUAAAAGCCAAGGCGGACCAGUGUCGGGAAAGCGAUGAGCAGGUCUUAGUGAUGAAGGGCUCUGGUUGACUAAACUAUCUAAUCUCAAUAUGGU